AUGUGCCCCCUCUGCCUUCGGAGAGCCAGGAAGAGGAGAAGCCCCUUUGGGAGCACAGCGGAGCUCCAGAGAGCGGCACUGCAGCUGCUGGACCAGCACCAGAACCUGGCUGAGCUGCUCCUGGAGGUGGGAGAUUCAGCCAAGCCAGGUGUGCAAGAUGGGGCAGAGCACCAGGGAGUGUCACCAGAAUCAUUUCUAGUCUCUGUUCUGCAGGAGCAGGCCUCAAAGCUGGGUGUGCCCACAGCGACCUUGGCAGCCAAAAAUGCCAUUGCCAACAUGGAGCAGAUCUGCCAGGAUCCUGCCAGCCCCUCCAGAGUCCCACUGCUGGACUCCGACCAGAGAAAGAGAUUGAGCUGCUUGCUUCAGACUGUGAAGGAUCUGCUGGCAAACAACAUGUUCUGUCGCUCCCUCUUCUGCCAGGAAAUGUGGAAAAUGAAGGAGCCCCUGGUGCUGGAGGCCGUGUGGCACCUGCACAGCUGUGACAUCGUGGGCCUGCCAGAGCUGCUGGACAGGAGCCCAGCAGGCCCAGCAGCAGUGGAGUGGCUCUGCAGCAGCCUCUGUGGCCUCUUUGAGCAGGCUGGGGACACCUCCCUUGGGGACACCUCCCAUGGGGACACGGAGCUGGCACAGAGGAUUCUCUCAGACUUUGCCAUCGUGUUUGUUCAGCACGGCUUUGAGCAGCCCUCGGAGCUGGGAAGGAAGGUGGAAUUCCAGAAGGUUGCCUACAUCUGCCGUGCUGUCUUACAGAGGAUGCUGGCAUGGGUGCUUGAUGCUGUUGGUAAAGAGAAGCAGGAAGAUGUUUCCAUGGUGCAAGCUGUGAGGUUCUGGCUCAAUGUGUUCCACGUGCCCCUCUAUGGAAGUGUGGCUCACCCGGAUUCCUUGAGGCAAUUUUUCAGACACACCCUGACCGAGGUUCUCACCUACAACCCCGUGCUGAAAGUGUCUGAUGCCAUCCAGAUGCAGAAGGAGUGGAGCUUUACCAGGACCUCUCCGCUGCUCACGGCUCUGUAUUGCAAGCUGCUGGUGGCAUUCAGUGUGAAGGAGGCCGUGUGCCAGCUGCAGCAGGUGCUGGAGACCCACGAGGUGAACUGGCAGCACGUGCUGUCCUGUGUGUCCACGCUGGUGGUGUGCCAGGCUGAGGCUGGGCAGCUCUUCAAGGAUCUCCUGAGCCAUCUCCUGCUCAAGGCCUUUGAGAGUUAUGACAUGGAAAAUAUGAUCACUGCCUUCCUGAUCGCCCGCCAGGCUGCUCUGGAGGGCCCUGCUGUCUUCAUGCCUUACUCUGAGUGGUUCAAGGCUUCCUUUGGGAAUGCUGGUGGCCAUCAUGGGAGCAGUAAGAAAUCUCUGGUCUUCCUCUUGGAGUUCCUGUCAGAGCUGGUGCCCUUUGAAGCUGCCCCGUACCUGAAGGUGCACAUCAUGUUCCCGCCGUGCGUGCCCGGCAAGCACCGCGCGCUGCUGCUGGAGUACAUCAGCCUGGCCAGGACCCGCCUGGCCGACCUGCAGGUGGCCAUCGAGGACAUGGGGCUCUAUGAGGACCUCUCUGCCCCCGAGGAGGCCGUGCAGCCCCAGGCCCAGGCUCUCCGGGAUGUGGAAAAGGCCCUGCAGAUAUUUGAGAGCAGCAGGAAGAUCCCAACCUCUGUGAUAGAAGCCAGCAUUUUCAGACGACCAUAUUACACUUCCUGGUUCCUCCCAGCCCUGCUCAGGCCCCGUGUGCUCCCCAAAACCCCAGAUGGACGAAUGGCUUUUAUAGACUCCCUGAAGAGAGCUGACAAAAUACCCUCAAACUUGUACUCCACGUACCUGCAAGCCUGUCAUGCCAUGAAAGAGAAGGUGUUACAAGAUGCCUCCAAAGCAGAGCCCAGCCAUCCCAAGGAGCCUUUGGAGCAGCUGGAGGCUGAGCUGGCUGAGCUCAGGACCCUGGUGGUGCAGCAGGCUCCGUGGGAAGAGGUGGCAGCAAAGCUGGCCCUGGUUUCAGACAGACUCGGCGGUGCCCUGGGGGACAGCAGCGAGGACAACGAGGCUGCUCCUUGCAGUGCCCGGCUCAGGGUGGCCGUGCCUGCCCCGGGGCUGUCACCCUGUGCCCAGAGGGUUGUUGAUCUCCUGCUGACAUCAUUCUGCCAAACCCUGCUGGCUGCUUCCUCUUUCAACCCUCCUGACAGGCAGGGCCCGUGCCUCUCCCUGCUGGUGAAGAUGAUGUGUGGACACAGGAAUCUCCUGCCUGCACUCCUGGCCAGGCUCUGCCAGCUCCUUUAUCACCAGGGUCCUACCCUCGGUGCCGCUCACAUUUUGGGACUGGCAGCUUUUGUGAUCCACUUGAGUGAAUGCAGAGCUUUAAUUCCUGCAGUGGAAGCCGAUUUUGGGCCCUCUCAGGCUGCUCCUGGCAAGGCCCUUUCUGUCUCAGAGUUCUGGAGCUCCUUGCUGGUGUGCAGGACAGAGGAAUCCUUUGUCUUCUGCUUGAGGUUUUGCACUGCAGCAGCAGCUUACCUGAUGUGCAAGUUCUCAUCCUGCUCCCGUGAGGAGUUUUGUGCCUUGGUUCCUCCUGGCCUGAUUAAAAAGCUGCAGUUCCUGGUGCCACGGCUGAGCUCGGAGGCUCGGGCCGUGCUGGGUGAGGAGGCCCAAAGUGCCCUGAGCUGGAGCUCCCUGUCCUGCCCCUCUCUGAGCUACAGGAGAGCCAGCCUGGGCCUGUGGAGGCAGGCAGCCUUCCAGGAGCUCUUGAAGGAAAAGGCAUUCCAGCUGUCUUUCAGAGAGUGGCUGCUGCUGGAGCUGGAGGUGUGCCCUGCCAAGGACAUUCUCUCUGCUGCAGAGAGACAGGAUUUCCAUCACUGGGCCAUCUAUCAGAGGUUCCUCCCUGCACCUUCUGCUGCUGGUGGCUGUGAUGGAGACCUGGAGAAGGCCUGUGGAGUCAUCCUCAAUGCCAUCCUGGACUCCUCACACAGGCUGGAGCUGGGGGGCUGUACCCACUCGAGGACGUCGCUGAGCCCCGAGAUCCUCUGCAGGCUGCAGGAGCUGGUGCUGGAGCUGAGGUGCAGGCCAAAGCUGCUCCCUGGCUGCUCAGCUGCCCAGAGACCCGUGGUGCUGGAGCUGCUGCAGGGGAGGCUGGCAGGCACAGAGCCACAGCAGGGAUCUGCCCUGGGCCAGCAGCUCUGGAGGCAGCAGGAGCUGCUGCUGCACAGGAGGGUUCUGCUGGGGCUCCCUGCAUCCACCCUGGUCACCACGUGCUGGAAAGGGAACAGAGCAGUGCUGGACUGUGACAGCUUCUUCUGUUUUGUGAACUCUGAGCUGAAGAACGUCAGCUCCAGGGGCUACGCGCUCUCCUUCGACAUCACUGCUCACUUCUUCAGGGGCCUGCUGAGUGCCAGCCUGGACUGUGAGGAUGCAGCAGGAGGGGUCAGCGAGGCUCUGGCCGCGUGUCAAACCGAGUGUCCCGUGGUGCUCCUCUCUGCAGCGCUCUGGUGGCCGAGGCUGGAGCCAGCACUUUGCUGCCAGUGGAAGAGGCUCUUUGGGGGUCCCCUUGCAGGAGAACUGGCCAGGCUGAGGGGCUGGCACAGCUCAGGCACCAGGUUCCUCUGCUCAGGAGCAGCUUUCCCUGCCUCUGACCCGCCCUGGCUCUCAGCUGCCUUCCUGCACGGGGCCCUGCUGCAGCACUCACCCCGAGGGACAGAGGCACUGCACAGGCUGGGCCCUGGGGCAGAGCAGCUCCUGGUUGCUCUGCUGUUCUUCUCACUGCUGGAUCUCAUCUCAGCCAGAAUAGCACCAAAGGAAGGAGUGGAUUUCCAGACCUCUCUGGAAUGGUCCCUGCAGAUCCUGCAGUGCCUGCGAGGGAGGGGCACAGCCUGGCCCCUGCUCUUCCAGUCAGCAGAGGGAGCCCCCGGGAGCUUCCACGUCCUGCACAGAGCGGCCUCGCAGCGGCACACCCGGCUCCUGCCCCUGGCCUUCUACAGCCUCACCCCCGGCUUCCAGCAGGAGCUGCUCCAGCAGGAGCCCACCUUCCUCAGCGUGGCUCUCCAGAUGUACAUCCAGCUGCUGCAGCUCUUUGUGGAAGGGCAAGUCCUGCCACAGUCUGAUCAGGACCCCACUGAGCACGAUCCCUUGGAGCUGAUCUCUGCAGCCCGGCAGUUCCUGCUGGGAGCCAUCCCCCACUGCCCUGCCCGGAGCCUUGGCAACAUCCACCCGCUCCUCAACACCUGUGAAGAACUGGACCCCGAGCUGGCAGCCACCCUUCGGCACUUCUGCCGGCCUGCUGAGGACGUGGAGCUGGAGGAGGAGCUGGAACUGUUCUGAGGAAUGGACUCAGCCCAACACCUCACACCUGACACAAGGAGCCACCUUUCUCACCUGGGCCAUUUUUUUUUUUCAAAUUACUUUGUAAAUAAUUUAUUACAAGCAUAACCAUGGAGCUCUUGUUACAAUAAAAAGUAGGUUACAAAUUUUCA